AAGAAGAUGAAAUCAUUGUGUUCUUGUUCUGUACAAUCACUCAUUACCUCCCUUCUAGCGUUCUUCCCGAUUAUAAAGGUGGUGACGUCAUAUCGCUUAAAAUUCAUUGUGAAUGACGUUUUGGCGGGACUUUCAGCCGGGUUCAUUCAUCUACCACUCGGACUCGGACUCGGAUUGCUUGCGUCCUUACAGCCUGUUUACGGUCUGUAUACGUCAUUCUAUCCCGUUCUACUGUAUCUGGUAUUCGGAACGUCGCCUCACAUCUCAAUGGGAACCAAUGCUUUAUUUGCCGUUCUGACUGCCUCCAUUGUUGAACGUGAGGCGGAAAUUUUCCAGAGCGGAAUUGUCGCUUCUAACCUUAGCAACAGUGACGUCAAUAGUACAAUGACAGCGGAAGUUAUAUUGGAGUAUAAAGUCGACGUUGCUAUGGCGGUGACUUUUUUGGCGGGAGCUAUUUUAUUAGUUAUGGGAUUCUUGCGUCUGGGAUUUUUAACCAGUUACCUGUCCGUGUCGUUUAUUGGUGGAUUUACGACAGCCUCCGCCGUUCAUAUCGCUACAAGUCAAAUUGGAAAAAUGCUGAACAUUAAAAUCCGCCCAUAUGCUGGAGCCGGCAAAUUGGUGAAAACAUACAUUGACAUCUUUUCACGAAUAGCCUCUACCAACCUGGGCGAUCUUUUUGUUGCUCUCGUGUCAAUGUUUAUCUUACUGGGUGUAAAAAUUGGAAUCAACGAAAGAUUCAAGGCGAAGCUGAAAAUCCCGAUUCCUAUCGACCUGAUAUUAGUCAUCGUAUCAACCAUGAUUUCAUAUUUUGCCAAUUUUCAGGAUAACUAUGGUGUAGCUAUAGUUGGCAAUGUUCCAACGGGAAUGCCAGCUCCAAGAUUACCAAAUUUGGAAAUAAUUCCAAGAGUCGCUACGGAUGGUUUUGUUAUCGCCAUUUUAGUUUUUGCUUUGACGAUCGCCAUGGCUAAACUGAUGGCCCGACUCAACGAUUAUGAAAUCAACGACAAUCAAGAACUUAUUGCUUACGGCAUGAGUAACUUUAUCAGCUCGUUUUUUCUGUGUUUUCCAUCGUGCACAGCUCCACCUCGAACCAUGAUCCUCCAGUCUUUAGGAUCUAAGACAACUUUGAACGGAAUUGUAUCCGCCAUCUUUAUUUUGAUAAUUUUAUUAGCUGCGGGGCCAUUAUUUGCCUCACUUCCGGUUGCUGUAUUGGCAGCCAUGAUUGUGGUUGCCAUGAAAAAUUUGCUACUUCAACUGCUGAAUUUGCCUGGAAUAUGGCGGGUGUCGAAACCUGACUUUAUAAUUUGGCUAGCGACAUUUUUAGUCGGUGUUCUUGUGGAUCUAGACAUAGGUAUUGUGGUCGGAGUUUCAGUUUCUAUUUUAUCAAUUAUCCUACAGAAUCAGCUGUCCCGCGGAUACACUGUCAGUCUCCCGGAUGGGGAACAGAUUUUCCUAGAUAAGUCUUACAAAACAGCGGCUGACGAUCUGCCUCGUGUCCGAAUCUUCACUUUCCAAUCUCAACUGUACUUUGUCAAUGCCGAACGAUUCAAAAAACUUUUAUAUAAAAAUGUCUUCAAUCCAAAAUCGCUGAAAUCCUGCAAGGAAAUCGCCACUUCGGACGCUGAAGUGAAGAGUGGUAACGAGGCUCCAGAUCAUGAAGCGCCACCUAAAGACGAAGGGGAGAUAAUCCAGUAUAUUAUUUUGGAUUGCGUUUAUAUGACGUAUAUUGACCUCUCAGGGGUCAACAUUCUCAAACAGAUUAUUAGUGAAUAUGAUCACGUGGGGGUGUCAAUCUAUUUGACUCGAUUACCAAGAUCGACGUUGAAUACAUUAGAACGUUCUGCAUUAUUUUCAGAUUUUGAUAGGAGCAAUGUGUUUUAUGACAUAUACGACGCCCUC